CGUUAAAUAGUUCCGGCGGGAAGUUGCCAACGUGGUUGUCACGUGUCGUAUCAUCUGUUAUUCUGAAUCUCUAUUGACAUGGAAUGCAAGUUGUUGUCUGACGGGUUGUGUGUGUUCCUUCCAGUCACGUACCAAAUAUGAAAGUCUGAAAAUGCUCUUUAGACGGCGUAAGUUAACGUUAUUGAAACUAGUACUGAUCUUUUCUAUUGUUAUUUGUAUAUUAUUUUGGUUAUUACAAGUUCGUCGAAAUGAUUUGCAAAAUGUCAAUGAAAAGAACGAAGUACACGUGGUCGAAUUUAAAAGUUCACAAAACGAAAUCUCACACAAUAAUCACAUUCAGGACAAGCGUGCUUCAGAGUUAAAGCAAAAUAUUCAUAAAAGUGAAUCUAAUUUAGGUAUCCUACAAACAAAAUCUUCUCGUGACAAAAAAAAUCAGAUGAAUAUGGGUAUUUUAAAACAUCCGGAAGAAAAGCCAAUCGUUUCUAACGCUGAUGAUAUUAUGAACGUUAUUCCGGGUUUAGGUGAGAAUGGUGUUGCUGUCCAUUUGAGCAAAAAGGAGCAAAAGGAAGCUGAUAAAUUAUUUAAUCAAGCUGCAUUUAAUGUUUAUCUAAGUAAUAGAAUUUCCUUGAAUAGAAGUGUUCCAGAUCCAAGGCAUCCUAUGUGUAAAAGUACUAAGUAUGAUAAGGAUUUACCUUCAACAUCUGUGGUAAUUAUAUUUACAAAUGAAAUAUGGUCUGAACUUUUGAGGACGAUUUAUAGUGUGUUGAAUCGAACACCUAAUCACCUUUUAAAAGAAAUUAUUUUAGUUGAUGAUGCCAGUGAUAGAGGAAAGACUGCUGUUCAAAAAUGAAGUUUUUGAUGGUAAUGCUUAUUUUAGUUGCCUUCGCAACAACAACAAUGGUUUCUGCAGAUGAUCAACCAAACCUUGAUGUAAGUUGUGAAGUAGAUUCUGACUGCGAAUCAGUGUGUUACGAUUUUGGAGGUGUCGAAGGCAGUUGUAUUGACAAUAUGUGUUAUUGUCAGUAGAAAGAUUCGAAAAAAUAAAACUUUUAAAAUGUGGUAAUAACCUAAUUUUAAAAUAUAUUUUUCACUGCA